CUUGUCGAUUGCUGGCCAUCAGUUUUUUUCACGUGGAAACAGUUUUCCCUCGUUCUUUUUUGGGCUUUGUGUGCCAUCUUUUUUGCUCUUGUUGGUGGCAACUGGUCAGUCUAAGUGGACAAAGACAAAACCAAAAUUUUCUUCCGACUUGAUAGGAGGCUGCAAUAGUGCCUUUAAACUAGGAAAUAGACACAUGAUGCGGUCCCUCUUGCUAGUUUCUAGCGUCGGCAUUGCCUCUUCGCUGCGAGUGCAGAACAAACAGACCCCAGAUUUUGGAUUCGGCGACGGCGACAGUUUCCCCGACGUUUGCAAGGCUAACAAAAUUCCAGAUGCCCAGAAAGCUUACGUUAGUCAGCUGCACAAGGCGUUUCAGCACAGUGGUACAUACUUUUGUAAAAAAAUAGACUUGCUUCGGUAAAAAAACGAAGGAGGACAUGUAAAUUUAGAUGUAGGAGGUAGAAUAUGUGUCGGUCGUUGGUUCUGCGGCUGCAGAAAUAAGGCUCAAUCUUGGAUGGCUCUUUGCCUCAAAAAUUUAAAUUUGUGUUAGAUAACCUUGUCCAAGUACCUUGAUGUUGGCUGAGAUGUUGUUGACUUGCGUGUCGAGUUAACAGGUUUUGGAUUUGAAGUCCUUCAUACAUUCUAGCCGUUUCUUUUUUCCUUUGCGACAUAUAUUUUUUUUCUCUCUAUCUCCUUUUGGAAGAUCGCAAACAAAACCAAAACAAGGUGUCCGCAACCAACUAGCCACGGCCUUCAAAGAACCACUGGAAUGCUGGUACGGCUUCAUGCGGGCUACUGGUUGCGGGGAGAUUCCGCCGUUGAACUCUGGCACGACCGCGCGGCGCGCGUUUCAGGAACAAUGCAAGGAUCCGUCCGUCGCCUUCAACAAAAUGUUUACGUCCACGCCGAAGAAGCUCCAAAUGUACCUGAUCAAAAACUUUUUGCACCAGAAGGAUUCUGAGGGAGAGCCGGUGCCCGGAAAGUACAACGAAGUCAUGAACUUGCUCUACAAAAUGGGCGGCAAAGAAGUUUUGUGUACAGCAUUUUAACAAGUGCUUUUCCCGCAUGGGCAUUAAGGACAUGUUUUUGUGGCUCUUUUUGUUAACAGUAGGACACGAGUGGUUGUGACUUCUGGAAUUUGCCUUCGCGACACGAAGAUGAGAAGAGAAACGGAAGAUUUGAUUGUGGAUUCCCUCCACGAUGCGAAAAAUAAUAGAAAAAUCACUUACACCUAAUUCUAAAACAGGCCAGACGGUGGAGCUGAUCGACGACGGGUGCCAGGAUGUCGGUGGCUUCAAGGAGUACUAGUUGACGCAGCGAGAGGGAUCCGGGCAGCUCGUAGCGGCGGAGCUGUCGGUGUCUGAGAUCAGCGAUGGAGAAUUCUAAACUGCGCGGUUUGUCAAGCAAGAUCUACUGGUUUCUGUGUAUGAUUCUCGCACAUAUUAUGUAGCUUUUGCAGAUUUAUUUUGGAAAAAAACACUUUCAAGUUUUGCACAUAGUCCAGCGCCUUCGUUUCACUCACUAUUCGUCUACACAGCGCUUUUUUAGUUAUCAUGUUAACAGGCAGACACAGAACUCUUUUCUAAAUCUUAACAGGCAGAUCAUUCGGUAUUUUUAGAACUUAUUUUAGAGAAAACAGGCAGCUCAGGCAGAUAUCGAACUUACGGUUUCAAAUGUAGACAAGGAUCCGAUAGCGAGUUAAGCGAUCGCACAGGACUAUCGAACAACAUACUGCAGCGCAAUUUCGAGCCAAGGUGAAGGGAUCCGCACAGCGUGUUCCGGCACUUCUGAGCGUAUCCUGAGUGCGAGUACUUACAGCCGCAAUCAGUAUCGGAAGCUGAGAGAGCUAGGAUAUAAAGUUUGCGAUCGAGAUUUGCUUUCCGCUUGGCCGCACUCGAGAAGACGUUUUUUUUUUGUUUGUUUGCACUGGUCGCAUGUGAG